CCGCUCCACAAGAACAAAUUAACCAAACACUUGUUGAGAGAGAGAGAGAGAUAGUUUAGAGAGAGAAAUAGAGAAAUGGAGAACUUCCCAGUUAUCAACUUGGAGAGCCUCAAUGGUGAGGGAAGAAAAGCUACAAUGGAGAAAAUCAAAGAUGCCUGUGAGAACUGGGGUUUCUUUGAGCUGGUGAGUCAUGGGAUUCCAACUGAGUUUUUGGACACAGUGGAGAGGCUGACAAAAGAGCACUACCGGCAGUGUUUGGAGCAAAAGUUCAAGGAGUUGGUGGCCAGCAAAGGCCUUGAGGCCGUUAAGACAGAAGUCAACGAUAUGGAUUGGGAAAGCACUUUCUACUUGCGCCAUCUUCCUCAAUCCAACAUCUCUCAGGUCCCAGAUCUCAAGGAUGAGUACAGGAAUGUGAUGAAGGAGUUUGCAUUGAAACUGGAGAAAUUAGCAGAGCAGCUGCUGGACUUGUUGUGUGAGAAUCUUGGACUGGAACAAGGGUACCUUAAGAAGGCAUUUUAUGGAACAAAUGGACCAACUUUUGGCACCAAGGUUAGCAACUACCCUCCAUGUCCCAACAAUGACAAGAUCAAGGGUCUCCGGGCCCACACCGAUGCCGGCGGCCUCAUCUUGCUCUUCCAGGAUGACAAGGUCAGUGGCCUCCAGCUCCUCAAGGACGGAGAGUGGGUUGAUGUGCCUCCCAUGCGCCACUCCCUUGUUAUCAACCUUGGUGACCAGCUUGAGGUGAUCACCAAUGGAAAAUACAAGAGUGUGGAGCACAGAGUGAUUGCCCAAACAGAUGGAACCAGAAUGUCAAUAGCUUCAUUCUACAACCCAAGCAGUGAUGCAGUGAUCUACCCAGCACCAACCAUAGUGGAGAAAAACGCAGAGGAGAAGAAUCAAGUGUACCCGAAAUUCGUGUUCGAAGACUACAUGAAGCACUAUGUUGGUGUCAAGUUCCAGGCCAAGGAACCCAGAUUUGAAGCUAUGAAAGCAGUGGAAGUUAAGACCAGUUUUGGUUUGGGUCCAGUUAAAACUACUGCUUGAAAGUGAUUAAGUACUUAUACUAGAAGCUGCUGGAAAAAGGGUUUUUAGCUUAAAGUACGGGCGUGUGUGAACAAAAUAUUUGGUUGAACUAGACUUCAAGAUCUCUGUCAAAAGAGACAAGUUUAUUUAUUAUUAAUGUGGAAAUCGUUGUAGAAUGUAACCAAAGUUAUCACUACUUUAGUGACUUGAAGAUUUGUUGGUAACUAAAUAAACAUUAUAUUAUCUGUUUUGCAUUGUA